CCUUGUAUUGUGAUUUGUGAAAGCAAAAAAAUUUCACAAUAUCUUCUUUGUUGUGUCUACACUUUCUUCUUCAUUCUUCUGGACUCUUCUCGACUCUUGGAAAGUAGAAAAGAUGGCAGCCGCCGCCCCACCGCCUGCGCCUACCUCCGCGCCGGAAGUGUUCAAGGAGGAGAUAGUUCCGACCGGCCACCGAGUUUUCACACGCAUCAGUCUCGCCACACGCGCCGACGUCCCCCACAUACACAAGCUUAUCCAUCAGAUGGCCGUUUUCGAGCGUCUUACCCACCUCUUCUCCGCCACCGAAGCCUCUCUCUCCGAUACCCUCUUCCCCGCUGCUAAUCCCCUCCCGCCAUUCGCCUCUUUCACCGUCUUCAUCCUUGAAGUCUCACCCAAUCCCUUCCUGCCUGCCCCUGCAAACCCUCAUUUCACUCCGAUCGACAAAAUCGUUACUCUCGACCUCCCAAUCGACGACCCGGACGCCGCAACAUUCCAGUCCCGAGCCCUAACCGGCGCCACUGUUGCCGGAUACGCCCUAUUUUUCCCCAAUUACUCCUCGUUUCUGGCGAAACCGGGGUUCUACAUCGAGGAUAUAUUCGUCCGGGAGGCCUAUCGGAGGAAGGGAUUCGGGCGGAUGCUGCUGUCGGCCGUGGCGGCUCAGGCGGCGAAGAUGGGGUACGGGAGAGUUGAAUGGGUGGUGCUGGAUUGGAACGUGAAUGCGAUUAGGUUUUACGAGCAGAUGGGGGCUGAGGUCCACCAGGAAUGGCGCAUUUGUAGACUUUCCGGCGAGGCUCUCCAGGCAUACGCUCAUCCCCACAUUUGAUCAAGCUCCUCCUGGUGAUUAUUAUCUACUAAUCUUUCUUUCCUCUACAAAUCUUUAUAUCUUUCUGUUCUCUAAAUGUGUUUGUCUAAUUGUGUUGAUGGAUAGCAAUGGCUUCUGGAUUCACUCUCCAGAUUCCUGUUGGAUUUUAGAAAUUCCAACUUUUGCAGUAUCAAUCUUGUUUCUUUGCUCCAUUCAA